AUGAUACACGAUGCACAGACGGGAUUCCAGCGACAGCAGUCUACUCUAGCCUUAUUUCUGGAUGUGGAGAAGGCCUUCGAUGCUGUCUGGCAUGAAGGUCUUCUUUACAAGCUCCUCUUUAUACAUAAUUAUCCCCUACAUAUUGUAAAUCUAAUAAAAUCCUAUCUCCAAGGUCGUUACUUCCGAGUGAGGGUGGGCAAUUCUCUGUCUUCUCAAAAACUUAUACGCGCUGGUGUCCCACAGGGCACAGUAAUCGCACCACUACUAUACUCUUUAUAUACCGCUGACAUUCCUCGAUAUCCAAAUACAAACUUUGGACAAUACGCGGAUGACACUGUUUUAUAUGCUUCCUCUUACUACGUGAAUAUUGCCAAUAAACAACUGAAGUAUCACCUAUUGAGACUAUUGCCUUAUUUCGAAAAGUGGAAAAUAAAGAUCAAUUCUACAAAAACGGAACAAUUACUUCUUACACAGAAAAUUAGUAACGUAACUGUCCAUGAACCAUUAAAAAUUGAUGGUACAGCUAUUCAGCCAAAAUCCUGUGUCAAGUAUCUUGGUAUUAAAAUUGACAAGCGGCUGUCAUUCGUAUCAAAUACGACCUAUAGGAUACAACAGACUUACGCAGCAUUACAGAAAUUGUAUUCUUUACUGUCACCUAGAUCGCAUAUGACGGCACUAGGAAACCAUGAAUUCGACUUGACACCCGCAGUUUUGGCGAAGUUUGUCAAUGCAGUAGAUGCGCCAUUUGUAGCUGCCAACCUAGAUUACAGAAAUGAACCCUCUCUGUUAAAAAUACAGAAAUCCGUCAUAUUACAAGUGCGAGGAGGGUACGAAGUAGGCGUUGUAGGAUAUCUAACCCCCAAAACUACCACAUCAUCUUCACCGGGAAAGGUAGUAAUCCUCGACGAAGUCCGAGAGGUCAGAAAAGAGGCCAAGAGACUUGUUAAUGAAGGUGUAAAAAUCAUUAUAGCUCUCGGACAUUCUGGUUACGAAGUAGACAAAAAAAUCGCUAGAGAAGUAAAGGAAGUUGAUAUAGUCAUCGGAGGCCACACAAACACCUUUCUAUGGAACGGAAAAGAGCCGGAUUCGGAAACUAAAGAAGACGUUUAUCCUAAAAUAAUAACUCAAACUUCGGGUAAAAGAGUGCCGGUAGUCCAAGCCUAUGCUUAUACCAAGUACUUAGGUGUGCUAAAGGUCGCUUUUGACACUAGAGGCAAACUAAAACACGUUUCCGGACAACCGAUAUUUCUGGAUAACAGUAUAGCUCAGCAAAAAGAUGUUUUGGGAUUACUUGAAGUUUAUAGACCUACUAUGGCCAAAUUAACUCAAGAAAAAGUAGGCUUUUCAAGAGUUGUAUUGGAUGGUCAUUCUGAUUCAUGCCGUUUAAAAGAGUGCAACUUUGGGAAUUUUAUAACUGAUGUUCACGUAGCUUACGUCGCGUCACUAACGACCGACAGAUGGACCAUCGCUCCCAUAGGAAUCUACAACGCAGGUGGUAUGAGAAACACCAUCAAACCACACCGUUACGACUACUCUGUUUCCCGCGAUGAUCUACUCAGAGCUCUACCAUUCGGUAACCAAGUUGUAACACUAACUUUAACCGGUUCCAAUUUGCUGUACGCUUUGGAACAAAUGGUUAGAUCGGAAGGAGACACCUCCAAAGGAGAAUUCCCACAAGUUUCCGGGAUUCGCCUGCAAGUGGAUAUGUCCAAUCCACCUUACUCCAGAGUUGAAAGUGUUCUAGUUAGGUGUGGCAGUUGCCUAAUACCUGUCUAUGAGACAUUAAACAGAGGACGGAAUUAUACAGUAGUUACGUCUAGUUUUCUAUCUAACGGCGGAGAUGGAAUUACAGUUUUCAGAGAACGUGCCAUAAAUAAAACCACACAGGACUUGGGAGAUUUGGAAAUGAUGGUUUGGUAUUUUAAGACAUACAGUCCAGUGUAUCCCGAAGUUCAAGGGAGAAUGGAAAUUUCGGGAGUAAGAAGAACAAACAAUUGGACGAUGAUGUUAUUAGGGAUAUCAACACUACAAAUUCUAUGGAAGUGUAUAUAAUAUCUAAACCCUAUU